ACAUUAAGGGGUGUGUUAAGUAUUUUAAAUCUGAUAAGAAGUUUAUUUCGUACUACGUUUGGAUUCUUUUUUUGGGUGAGAAGAGUUUUUGGACCAGGUGAUCGGUGAAGAAGAGAGAUAAGGAGAAAGCUGUCGAUUGAUCGGACCGUUGAGACAUCACAAGUGGCGACUGGAAUUCAAACCAACAUACUCGUAGAUAUAUUUUGAAGGAAUCUUGAAUAUUACAAAAAAAAAAAAAUCCAUACAGGCUUUAAAGGAUUCCCUUCAAUCUGGGUUAGAAGAAUAAUAAUGAGGAACAGUAGUGUUGUGAAUAAGGAUCCGGUGAUCGUCUCCUCGGUUACUGUCCUGUGUGGUGCUCGGAUCCCUGAAAUCUGGGGAUGUUGGAAACUGAGUCGAGGUGGUCUGAACGGAGCGAUGACGGAGUUCCAGGAGAAGCUCAGGCAGCAGCAUGAAAACUCCAUGCACAAGGAGCUCGAGAAGCUUCUCUCCACUGCUAAGGGUGCAGAAGCAGAGGUCUCCAGAAAAGAUUUCGAGGGGUUUAAGCAGCUGUUCCACAGGUUCCUCCAGGUGAAGGGUCCGGCUGUGGAAUGGCCCAAGAUCAACAGACCUCCUGAGGACUCGAUCCAACCGUACGAGAGGAUCCGGGCGAAGUCGUUACCUCAGGGCGUCGCUGAGGGUCUGAACAAACUGGCGGUGGUGAAGCUGAACGGAGGUCUGGGCACCAGCAUGGGCUGUAAAGGCCCGAAGAGUCUGAUCAGCGUCCGCAAUGAGAACACCUUCCUGGACCUGACCGUGCGACAGAUAGAGCAUCUGAAUAAAACCUACAACGCCGACGUUCCUCUGGUGCUGAUGAACAGCUUUAACACGGAUGAAGACACCAAGAAGAUCCUGCAGAAAUACGCUCACCACCGUGUCAAAAUACACACCUUCAACCAGAGCAGAUAUCCUCGGAUCAAUAAGGAGUCUUUGUUGCCAGUGGCGACUUUUAUGGGUCUGACGGGGGAAAACUCUGAGGCGUGGUACCCACCGGGUCACGGAGACAUCUACGCCAGCUUCUAUAACUCUGGCCUGCUGGAUCAGCUCAUCUCUGAGGGUAAGGAGUAUAUCUUUGUGUCCAACAUCGAUAACCUGGGUGCGACCGUCGACCUGCACAUCCUCAACCACCUGAUGAGCCAACCAGCCGACAAGCGCUGCGAGUUUGUAAUGGAGGUCACCGACAAGACCCGUGCUGACGUCAAGGGUGGGACUCUGAUUCAGUACGACAAGAAGCUCAGGCUGCUGGAGAUCGCCCAGGUUCCCAAAGCGCACGUCGACGAGUUCAAAUCCGUCACCAAGUUCAAGAUCUUCAACACCAACAACUUGUGGAUCAGCCUGCCUGCUAUCAAAAGGCUGCACGAUCAGAACGCCAUGGACUUGGAGAUCAUCGUUAACCCCAAGACACUGGAUGGUGGUCUGAACGUGAUCCAGUUGGAAACAGCUGUCGGUGCUGCUAUCAAAAGCUUUGACAACGCUCUGGGCAUCAACGUCCCGCGCAGCCGUUUCCUGCCUGUUAAGACCACCUCGGACCUCCUGCUGGUCAUGUCCAACCUGUACACCAUGGACGCGGGCUCUCUCACCAUGAGCGAGAAGAGAGAGUUCCCCACAACGCCACAUGUCAAACUAGGCAGCUCCUUCACCAAGGUGCAAGACUUCCUGCGGAGGUUUGAGAGCAUCCCAGACAUGCUGGAGCUUGAUCACCUCACCGUGUCGGGAGACGUCACUUUCGGCAAGCAGGUCACAGUGAAGGGCACAGUGAUCAUCAUCGCUAAUCACGGAGACCGGAUCGACAUUCCAGCCGGAGCGAUGCUGGAAAACAAGAUCGUCUCCGGGAACUUGCGCAUCCUGGACCACUGAGAAGACCACACACACACACACACACACACACACACAUCAAAUUACACAGAUCUUCCUGUACUUUAUUCCAUCUGUGAUCCUCAGGCCUGCUACAGUAUACGUGUCUUCAUGAAUUUUAAGGCACUGACGGCAUUAUACGUCCCUUGCGCUUGUUUUGAAUGUAAACUGUGAAGCUCUGCUGUUGGAGGUUGAUUAUAGAUACGCUGAACGACUGAACACACUUAAGCUCCCAAUGUGAAUAGUUACUGAUCCAGGAUCUGAUCCAGGAACACUUUAGAAUAAGAUGUGGAAUGCUGACUCCAUUAUACAAACCUCUGCGUAUGUAAACUGUUACACGGACGUCCUACAUUUCAGAAAAUAAAGUGCAAUAUGCAAUUAUA